CACAACUUAACCAUGAAGGCGACUCGAUAACUUCACUACGAAGUCUUGACCAAACUUCCUAGUAGAUUCCUUCAAUUCUAUAAAUUCAAGCUGUGGAAUCAGCCAUUUCCAAAUCAAUCCUCAAGCUAUAUAAGCCAACCCUACUACAGAUUUCAUCUCGGCACUGCGCGGAUAAACGAUGGCAGAGGAUGCAAGUAUCUCAAGUGCCUUAGCUAAAUCUGCUGCAAGUCAAAGUGAUGGUUGUGAUGUUCACAAUCGAGAGGAUCAAGAAGAAGACGCAGCAAUUGGGUGUUUGGUUUCGUUGGAAAAAUUGAAUCUUGGGCCGAGGAAAAAGCUUAUUGUUCUCAGUUUAAAUGGAUUGCUUGUAUACAGAGUUUUCUUUGACGAUAAGCUUAGAAUGCCCAAGACUCGUAUUGUUCCGGCAAGAUACGGGAAGCAUCUGGUUUUUAAGAGGCCUUUCUGCGAUGAAUUUAUGAGGUUCUGCUUUGAAAGAUUUGAAGUAGGAAUUUGGUCCUCCGCACUAGAACGAAAUGUUGAGGGCGUCUUGGGUUGUGUAAUGGGAGAUUUAAAGAGUAAACUUCUGUUUGAGUGGGAUCAGGAACAAUGUACUGAUUCUGGAUUCAAGUCCUUGGAGAAGGUAGGGAAGCCUCUUUAUCUCAAGGAGCUGCAGAAUCUAUGGGGAAAAAUCAACAAGCAAUUUCUAAAGAAAGAGGGAAAUUUCUCUGCAACAAAUACAUUGCUGAUAGAUGAUAAACCUUACAAGGGUUUACUCAAUCCUCUUAACACCGGUAUCUACCCAAAAUCAUACAAGCCAGGGUUUGCUCAUGAUGAUGCCCUUGAUCCUAAUGGAGAGUUAUGCUUGUUCUUGGAUGGCUUGGCGAAGGCAGAUGAUGUCCAGUCAUAUGUAAAGACACAUUCAUUCGGACAGAAACCGGUUACUCCUUCACAUCCCCAAUGGUUCUACUACUCGAAGAUCAUUCGUCGUCUUUCUCAGAGGAUGAGUUCGAUUGAGAUAUGAAUUACAAUGAAACUCCAGAAUUGGAAAUCAGAAGUCAUGUUACGCUAUGUUUGAUUAAGAUAUGAUUCACAUGAAAUUUUAUAUGGGUCAAUUUUCUUGGUCUAA